CGGCGGCGGGAGGGCCCGGGGGCCGCUCCGCUGCGGGCCGGGCCGCCCAUGGAGCCGCGCGCAGAUUGAUGCCGAGGAGCCGAUCAGGCGCCGCCGACCCCGUCCGUGCGCGGCUCCAUGAGCCACGGCCUCGGCUAUGGACAUCGUCCUGUCCGACUUUGUUCGCUCGACGGGGGCAGAGCCGGGGCUGGCCAGAGACCUCCUUGAAGGCAAGAACUGGGACCUGAGCGCGGCGCUGAGCGACUUCGAGCAGCUGCGGCAGGUGCACGCGGGGAACCUGCCGCCCUCCUUCAACGAGGGCCGCGGUGCCCGCACCCCGGAGCCGCGGGAGGCGGCACGGCCGGGCCGGCCGCCCCUGCAGCGCCAGGAUGACCUCGUGCAAGAGAAGCGCCUGUCCCGAGGCAUCUCCCACGCCAGCUCCACCAUCGUGUCCCUGGCGCGCUCCCACGUCUCCAGCAACGGCGGCGGCGGCGGCGGCGAGCACCUGCUGGAGACGCCCAUCUGCACCUUCCAGCUGCCCGACCUCACCGUGUACUCCGAGGAGUUCCGCAGCUUCAUCGAGCGCGACCUCAUCGAGCAGUCCAUGCUGGUGGCGCUGGAGCAGGCUGGGCGCCUGAACUGGUGGGUGACGGUGGAUCCCAGUUGCCAGCGCCUGCUGCCCCUGGCCACCACGGGCGACGGGAACUGCCUCCUCCACGCCGCCUCCCUGGGAAUGUGGGGCUUCCACGACCGGGACCUGAUGCUGCGGAAAUCCCUGUACACGCUGAUGGACAAGGGAGCGGAGCGGGAGGCGCUGAGGAGGAGGUGGCGCUGGCAGCAGACGCAGCAGAACAAGGAGUCUGGGCUGGUGUACACGGAGGAGGAGUGGCAGAAGGAGUGGAACGAGCUGAUCAAGCUGGCGUCCAGCGAGCCCCGCGUGCACUACGGCACCAACGGCGGCGGCUGCGGCGGGGUGGAGAGCUCGGAAGAGCCGGUGUACGAGAGCCUGGAGGAGUUCCACGUCUUCGUCCUGGCCCACGUGCUCAAGAGGCCCAUCGUGGUGGUGGCAGACACGAUGCUGCGGGACUCGGGGGGCGAAGCAUUUGCCCCCAUUCCCUUUGGAGGGAUCUACCUGCCCCUGGAAGUCCCAGCCAACAAAUGCCACCGCUCUCCCUUGGUUCUGGCUUACGACCAAGCCCAUUUCUCUGCCCUGGUCUCCAUGGAGCAGAAGGAAAACACAAAGGAUCAAGCUGUGAUCCCUCUGACGGACUCGGAGCACAAGCUGCUCCCGGUGCACUUCGCCGUGGAUCCCGGGAAGGACUGGCAGUGGGGGAAGGACGACAGUGACAACGUCAAGCUGGCCAGUGUGACGCUGUCGCUGGAGGCCAAGCUGCACCUGCUGCACAGCUACAUGACUGUGAGGUGGAUCACGUUGCCUUGUGACACGCAGGCGCCUCUGGCCCAGCCAGAAUCCCCCACGGCCUCGGCGGGGGACGACGCUCGCUCGGCGGCGGAGUCGGGCGAGUCGGACAAGGAGUCGGUGUGCAGCAGCUCCGCCAGCAAUGGCGGCGCCAGGGCGGCCAAGGACAGGGACAAGCCAAAGAAAGAGCGGGAGAAGGAGAAGGAGAAGGACAAAAAACGGGCAGACUCGGUGGCCAACAAGCUGGGGAGCUUCGGGAAGACCCUGGGCAGCAAGCUAAAAAAGAACAUGGGGGGCUUGAUGCACGGCAAGGCCGUGAAGGGCGGCCUGAGCAACGGGCAGGGGGACACCCUGGAGAAGAAGAAGAAGGGGUCCCUGAAGGGGCAGAAGGGCAGCAAGGAGGAGUGUUCCCCUGGAGACUCGGCGGCUCCCACGGAGAAGGCGUGCCCGGGGAAGGCGGCCCCGGAGAAGGCGCCGGACCCCUCCAAGUACAGCAGCGACGUGCGGCUGAGCCUGAGCAUCCUGCGCGCCGCCAUGCAGGGCGAGCGCAAGUUCAUCUUCGCCGGCCACCUCAAGACCAGCACCCGGCACCAGUUCCAGGAGGAGAUGAUCCAGAGGUACCUCCUGGACGCCGAGGAGCGCUUCCUGGCCGAGCAGAGGCAGAAGGAGGCGGAGAAGAAGGCGCUGGGCGGCGCAGCCCCGGCCAAGAAGCCGGAGGGGGAGGCGGGUGCCCACCGGGGCGAGGAGGCGAUGCCGGGCCCCGCGUUCCCCCCGCUGCCCCCCGCCUACCCCUCCCAGCCCCCCGAGCCGGCCCUGGGCGCUAAAAUAGCCGCUUUUCCCGCCGGCUAUUCCGGCGUUUUCACCUUCCCCAGGCCCUCAGUGGGCAGCGCGGAGGGGCCGCACCCCCCCGGGUGCCCCGAGGGCCGCAGGCAGCUGGCGGGGGGGCCCUGCGGGAGCCUCCCCCCCUACGCCACCCUGCCCCGGCACCACCAGGCCCGGCCCGGCCCCCCUGGCCCUGCCCAGCCGGGCAGGUUCUCCCCCACGGACAUGGACACCCAGCCUCCCUUCCCUCCGGAGUGCGAGGGCUCCUCCGGCUGCCUCCCCCCGCACAGCAACGGCUGCCGGGAGUUCCUGGAGCAGGACAAGGGGGCGGCGGCAGCGGAGAAGACGAGAAGCCGAGCCCUCUACGGCGUCCAGCAGACCAAGUGCAAACAGCCCAACUGCAGCUUCUAUGGACACCCGGAGACUGGGAACUUCUGUUCCUGCUGUUACAAGGAGGAGCUGCGGCGCCGGGAGCGGGAGGCGCUGGUGCACAGGUUCUGACGCUGCCCCCCCUCCCCGCCCCGCGCGGAUCUGGGACCCCCUGGAACACGGGGAAUGCAAUAAUAAUGGAGAUCCAGGAUGGUUUUAUACACCCCCUCCCCGGCUCCCUCCUGCGCUCUGGGAGGAGGGAGUGAGCGAUCCUGGGAUUGGGCUGGUGGGAUGGAGGGGGGAUGCAGGAGGGAGAGGGAGUGGGGAAAAACCAGCCCCUGCUUUCCCAGAGCCCCUGCGAGGGAGGAGGAGGAUUCCCAGGGAUGGCCUUGGGACAGCAGGGGCUGCUCGGGUCGGAGCACAGGGUGAGGGGGGAGAAUUCCUCAAAAACUCAAUAAACCAGACCAAAGCUUUGGGAGCUGGGGGUGGGGGGGGGGUGCAGCCCCCGCCGGGUCCUUCCGACCGCCCGGGACGGAGCGAAAAACGCCCCAGUUUGAGCGUCACCAACCUUUUAAUGGAGUUUUUUAACACUGGUUUUUAUUCUGUA